AUGCUGUACCGCCUGCAGUCCUGCCUCAAGUAUUUUGCCUUUCUGGGUCUUGUACCCUGGACGAACAACUGCCGACCAUGUCAGUGUUUUCAACAGAUUUAUUCGCUAUUUUUGAUCAUCAUAAAUCUAAUGAUAUUCUUUGUGGAAAUUGAAAUACCACUAAAAGAUUCGCUGCUGCUGUCGCUGCUGGUCAGCACGAUUGUGUUUGUUGCUAAGAUUGUGUGCAUGACGGUGAUAAUGCUGCAGAUGAUGUGCCGGUACAAAGGAUAUUACAUCCUGUGCAAAGAAUUUAAGCGUCUCAGGGAGCGAUUUGAAGUGCAGCUAAAAAUGGGAGCGUUGGCAUAUCCCCGCGUGCGUUACAUUAAAAUUGUAAUGCUGGGCAUGGCCAGCCUGGGGACACUCGGUUGCCUGAUUUAUACAUCGUUUAUCGCAAGUUUGAUCUACUUUUGGUCCUCGUUUGUGGCCCUCAUCAUCAUUCGACUGCAGUGUGUACUCCUCCUGCUCUAUGUCGACUUAAUGGGUUUCCAUGUGCAACUGCUGGGCAAACGCAUUCAGGAUGUGCUCCACUGUCAUUCGAUGGGUGGUGGAAACUGCAUUCCGGAUGGCAAUUGCAAGCAGCUGUGCUCCCUGGAAUUCCUUCUCGAACUCAAGCAAAGUCAUAUGCAACUCUUUGAGCUUUUUAGUCAUUUUAAUGACUUGUUUGGCUGGUCAAUUUUGAGCAUAUUUGUUGUAAUGUUCAUGGAUGGCACAGUGAAUGUUUACUGGACCCAACAGGUCCUAGCAGGGGUCUAUGGACUUGUGUAUCUUAAUGCUGCAUUCUCAUUUUCUGUGCCCUCACUGGCUCUAAUCUUGGCAUUCUGUAGAUCUGGGGAGUACUGCAAAUGGCAGAACAUGCUCAUUGGCAGCUAUGUUCGUGCCUUGGCCUACAAUCCUUCGCCCCAGCAAGCGAAGGAACCCGCGUACACUGAACUGCUCACAGAAUUUACCAUGCAAGUGGAACACAAUGUAUUGGCCAUUAAUGCCGAGGGUUUUAUGCUCAUUGAUAACUCACUGCUCAUGUCGGUGUGUACCUAG